GUCCGUCGUCGCUUGUUUGGUCUACCGUCUGCUUUGUUUCUCAUAAGUGAGCGGACAUGCAUGUCAUGCCUACCCCCGGGCGCGCAAAAGCCAGCCACUGGCACACGGCCACAGUUGAAACACAACGACAGCCAAAACGAGCCCUCCCACGCCGCGUCAUUGACGCCCUUUGCAACCAGCUGCCCACUACAAAACCAAACAAACAAAACUGGCAAUCGCCGGCUCUCCGUCGUCGUCGUCGCCAUCAUGCUGCUGCUGCUACACUACUACUGCCGCUGUCUGGAGCCGUGCUCCUGACUCCUGACAAUCCCGGCAAUCCUGACAAUCUCCUGGUGUUCCCAGCUCGGCUCGACUCGACUUGACUUGACCACACUGGGACUUUCUUGCAAAAACACACUGCCAUGACGUUCUGCUUAUUAUGACGCAAGCCACACCACCUCUCCCGCCCGCCCGUCAAGCCCCAAGCCCCUCACGGCGGCUGCUUCCAACCAAGAUAAUGGCCCCCGCUGCCACUCUGCCCUAUCUAAUGGCAAAAGCCCUAACUCAGAGCCCUCGUUCGGUCGGGCUUCUUGUCCUUCGUGACUGCUGACGCGGUGCCUGGGAUACCG